AUGGCAGCAAGGCUCCAGUUGGCCUGCUUCUGCUUCCGGCUGUCUGGCUUUAGUUCUGUGAUUGUUAAAAAAAGAAAAAAAAAGAAAGAGUUAAAAAAAAGAGGUGCAAUGUUUUCGUCUGGUACGCCUCUCCCGCGCUGCCCGGUGUUUUUCGACGGUAUUCUGUACAUUAAUCCCGUCUCGCACAAGCGCCUUUCCUUGGUGCUUGUUGCUCGUCCGCUUGGAGGUGGUGCUUGUCGCCCUACUUCGACACCUUAUGCGACAUCCGCCGGUGUUGCUGGCCGUUUUACAUCGACUCCUUCGGCUUCCACGCGCGGCGGUGACCGCUCUACGCCGACUCCUCCCGCGGCUUCCGCGCGCGGUGGUGACGGCUCUACAUCAACUCCUCUCGUGGCUUCCGUGCGCGGCGGUGACCGCUCUAUGCCAACUCCUCUCGCGGCUUCCGUGCGCGGCGGUGACCGCUCUACGCCGACUCCUCCCGCGGCUUCCGCGUGCAGCGAUGAUCGCUCUACGUCGACUCCCCCAUUGGCUUCCACAUGUGGCUCUACAUCGACUUGCUACUCGCGGUCGACUCUACACGCCGCUUCCACAGGUGGUGGCGACUGCUCGCCAUCAACACGUGUUUCUACCUCGACCUCCUCUGUCGUGUCCCUAUCUGCGCGUGAGAUUGCGCAGUUGCGAUGCCUGCUUGCUGCCUGGGAUUCUUCACCGACAGGUUCUACAGUUUCCGUGAUUGACUCUUCUGGCACUGAGAAACCACCUUAUUCAGAUUCAGCUGGUGAGUAUAUCUCCCAUGCGCUGCGAGGUUUCCUUGCUGAGCAGGGUACUCUUACUCAGUUCUCUUGCCCUGGUGCUCAUGCUCGGAAUGGUGUGGCUGAGCGCAAGCAUCGUCACCUUCUUGAGACAGCGCGUGCAAUGAUGAUCGCCGCCUCUCUUCCACCUCACUUCUAGGCUGAGGCUGUUACCACUUCCACCUAUCUCAUCAAUAUUCAGCCAUCUGCUG